UUUGAUGGCCACUGGCACGCUGGAGACCAGGCAGUAUGGCACGCUGGAGACCAGGCAGUAUGGCACGCUGGAGACCAGGCAGUAUGGCACGCUGGAGACCAGGCAGUAUGGCACGCUGGAGACCAGGCAGUAUGGCAUGAUGGAGACCAGGCAGUAUGGCAUGCUGGAGACCAGGCAGUAUGGCACGCUGGAGACCAGGCAGUAUGGCACGCUGGAGACCAGGCAGUAUGGCAUGCUGGAGACCAGGCAGUAUGGCAUGCUGGAGACCAGGCAGUAUGGCACACUGGAGACCUGGCAGUAUGGCACGCUGGAGACCAGGCAGUAUGGCACGCUGGAGACCAGGCAGUAUGGCAUGAUGGAGACCAGGCAGUAUGGCAUGCUGGAGACCAGGCAGUAUGGCACACUGGAGACCAGGCAGUAUGGCACGCUGGAGACCAGGCAGUAUGGCAUGAUGGAGACCAGGCAGUAUGGCAUGCUGGAGACCAGGCAGUAUGGCACGAUGGAGAGCAGGCAGUAUGGCACGCUGGAGACCAGGCAGUAUGGCAUGCUGGAGACCAGGCAGUAUGACACGCUGGAGACCAGGCAGUAUGGCACGAUGGAGACCAGGCAGUAUGGCAUGCUGGAGACCAGGCAGUAUGGCAUGCUGGAGACCAGGCAGUAUGGCAUGAUGGAGACCAUGCAGUAUGGCAUGCUGGAGACCAUGCAGUAUGGCACACUGGAGACCAGGCAGUAUGGCACGCUGGAGACCAGGCAGUAUGGCUUGAUGGAGACCAUGCAGUAUGGCAUGCUGGAGACCAGGCAGUAUGGCAUGCUGGAGACCAUGCAGUAUGGCACGCUGGAGACCAGGCAGUAUGGCACGCUGGAGACCAGGCAGUAUGGCACGAUGGAGACCAGGCAGUAUGGCAUGCUGGAGACCAGGCAGUAUGGCAUGCUGGAGACCAGGCAGUAUGGCAUGAUGGAGACCAGGCUGUAUGGCAUGCUGGAGACCAGGCAGUAUGGCAUUGUACCGGGCAGUAUGGCGUUGUACCGGACAGUAUGGCAUUGUACCAGGCAUUGUAACAGGCAGUAUGGCAUUGUACCAGGCACCCAGCCCUGUCUCCCCUCAGCCCUGUCUCCCUUCAGCCCUGUCUCCCCUCAGCCUUGCCUCCCCUCAGCCCUGCCUCCCCUCAGCCCUGUCUCCCCUCAGCCCUGCCCCCCCUCAGCCCUGCCUCCCCUCAGCCCAGCCCUGCCUCCCCUCAGCCCUGUCUCCCUUCAGCACUGUCUCCCCUCAGCCCUGUCUCCCCUCAGCCCUGCCCUGCCUCCCCUCAGCUCUGUCUCCCUUCAGCCCUGUCUCCCCUCAGCCUUGCCUCCCCUCAGCCCUGUCUCCCUUCAGCCUUGCCUCCCCUCAGCCCUGUCUCCCUUCAGCCUUGCCUCCCCUCAGCCCUGUCUCCCCUCAGCCCUGCCUCCCCUCAGCCCUGCCUGCCAGGAGUCUCUCUGUAUCUUACAUCCCUGUAUCUGUGUUCCCAGAGAUUUCAUUGUCUUCGGUGUGAAGCAGCUCCAGCUGGGAGGAGGAAUCGAUCUGUGA